UAGGGACAGAAAGGGCGGGUGUUAGUCUUUGCUGGACAAGGCUCUGUGUGAGUCACACAGGAGGCUGCUUUCUCCUCUGAGUCAUGAAGUUAUAGGGGUUUGUGAAAAUCUGUCAAGCUCGAGUUCCAAGCCGGGAAGGAGCAUGCCAACUGGGCUAUAACCAGAGGCUGCGUCCAUGUAUCAUGAACUCAUUUCCAAGCUGCUGGCACUUGCUUCACUUGGGGGGUAACCCCUGUUACAGGAAGAUACUGGGGAAAUCUGAGGGUCCCCACCACCCCCGUGGACACAAGCCAAUUCACGGGAUGUGGAGGCCACCAGCUUCGGUAGGCUUGUGGCCUGGGGCUGAGCCAGCCCAGGGGAUCAGGCUCUCACAGUGCUGAAGCCUCGAUCUUUCUAACAAGUCCUCCAGAGGCCAGGACCAACAAACCAGGGGACCUCUCCUAAAAGGAACCCUUCAUGGCCAUGGAGACAUGCCAGUGCUGCCCCCUUGUCAUUGGAGAAAGACAGGCCAGAUGGGAGCCUCACUCCGCCCUUCUCCUGGUCCCCCACCCUCUUCUGCUUUGCACAAAACGGAUAUCGUCGGGGAUUCGUCCUGGGAGGUAUGCUGCUUGAGAUUUUGCCUCUGUGAGGGGAAUGCAGCCUCACGGUGCCAUCUUUUUGGCCCUUCCCCACCUGGGGCCUGUCCUGCUCUGGCUGCUCACCCGUCAUCAGACGUCUGGUUGGGACGACAGCCCAAAGAAACCGCCCUGGUGCCCGCCUCACAAAGUCUUGCUGGCAGGAUGGAUAACCAUCUACUUUGUCAUGGGCUAUGCCUCCUACCUGGUGUGGAAGGACCUGGGAGGGGGCUUCAGGCGGCCCCUGGCCCUGCCUCUCGGCCUCUAUGCUGUGAAGCUCGCCAUCAGCUGGGCUGCCCUGAUUCUCUUUUUCGGAGCCCACACCCAUGGUCUGGCCCUGCUGCACCUGCUGCUGCUCUAUGGACUGGUGGUGAGUACAGCACUGAUCUGGCACCCCAUCAACAAACUGGCCGCCCUGCUCCUGCUGCCUUACCUGGCCUGGCUCACCGUGACCGCUUCCAUCGCCUACCGCCUGUGGAGGGACAGCCUCUGUCCAGACCAUCAGCCUCAGUCCAUGGGGGAGAACGACUGAGGCAGGAGUGGAGGGAGGAUGGCCAGGGUAGGGUAGAAAAGAACGCAGGCAGGGUUGUGGGGCUAUUUGGAGGAGGAAGGGAGGGGAAGGGGGGCCAGAUUUGAUGCAUCCCUGAAGAUGACUCAGCCCAGGGUGGUCACUCUCCUGGGUCCCCUGGUGCCAAUUUCCUUUCCAUUUCAGAAACGGGAGAGGGGAAACUUAUUUUAUAUUUAGUAUAAAUUAACUAAUUCUGUAUUAAUAAGGUAAUUUAGAAAUACCCAUUAAUAAAAUCCUUUACAAAAUUUGAGGGUAUGAUGCGAAGUGCGUAUCUGGGAAGACGAAGUCGAGAGCAGUGUUGCAGGGGUAGACGCAUCUGUGCAUGUGUGGGAGUCCGUGUCGGUCAAUGCUAGCAGGAAGGCCAGUGCACAGCGAGGGGAGGGUGGGCGUACCGUCUCCGCUCCCCCUCCCGAUAGGGCCGAGAUAUUUAGGACUCAGAUUUCAGUUACCUGGAACACAAAGUCAUUUUGAAAAGUGGUAUAAAAGCAAAACACAAAAGUAGAUAAAGUUAAAAAAAAAAGAUGCAAAUUAUAUGUCAGGUUUAUAUAA